UGGACACUGGACAAAAAUCAAAAUUCCGCUUCGUAUUUAUGUUAUCUCGAUUUUCAUGUUUAAAAUGCAGAUAACAACACUACUAUGAAUGCAAUAUGCAUCGUGAUAUUAAUAUAAUAUCUUGAAUCCUGAUAGUGAAUAGUGAUUAUUGGGACCGGAGAUCGUUUUUUUCGCUAAAUUAAUUUACUUUUUACGGUUUGAUUGGGUUUACGCGCUUUUUUUAUCAUCCUCACGAACAGAAGUAUUAUUUAAUAUUUGAUCUUAAUUACGGAGUCGAUUUUUUCGAAUCGCACCCUCAGUGGUGAUUAUUGGUCAAUGUAAAAUGGAACAGAAAACGAAGAGGAAAAAAAACGACGUUUGAUUCGCAGCGCUCCACUAGUUGAACUUGUUCUAUGAUGCAACGCUUGCAAACAUGGUUUGUACGCGAGGACAAACUGAGAAUGCCCCUUUGGCGGACUAUGUCGACAAAAUGUUACAUGGCGUUCAGUGCUCUCAGUGCUGGAGCCACGGUCAUCACAUUUUUUUUGAUAUACUGGUUCUGUGGUGGAUUACUGGCACUAUCGUUUCUGCUUCUGAGUAUUGUUGGGUUUAUUUACCAUUCAGAAGACUACUUAUUAUAUUAUCCUGACCUGCCAGAUCACUCUCGUAUUUUUGUGCCACAACCGUCAAUGUAUGGUUUGCCGUAUGAAAACAUAUUCAUCAAAAGUUUAGAUGGCACACGGUUGCACUUAUUCUUGAUAAAACAACCAGGAGAAUUUUCUAAGAUGGUACCAACUAUUUUAUUCUUGCACGGAAAUGCAGGAAAUAUGGGUCAUAGAUUAUCCAAUGUAGUGGGCUUCUAUAAUGAAUUGAGAUGCAACAUAGUAAUGCUAGAAUAUCGCGGAUAUGGGUUGUCACAAGGAUCGCCUUCAGAAAGAGGUUUCUACAUGGAUGCAAGUGCAGCAGUAGAUUUUAUUUUAACUCGUAAUGAUCUAAAUCUUGGCAGAAUCAUAGUAUUUGGACGUUCGUUAGGUGGUGCGGUUGCCAUUGAUUUAGCUGCUCGAUUAGAAUAUGCCCAAAAAAUUUGGUGUGUAAUUGUUGAGAAUACAUUUACAUGUAUACCAGAUAUGGCAAUAGAACUUAUGUCUUCUAAAUUUUUGAAAUACAUCCCUUUAUUUUUGUACAAAAAUAAGUAUAUGUCCAAUUGGAAAAUGGGCAAACUGCAAGUACCAAUAUUAUUUGUUUCCGGCGAAGAAGAUACAUUAGUUCCUCCGUCAAUGAUGACAAAUUUAUUUAAUGCUUAUUCUGGGCCUUUAAAACAGAUUGUCAGGUUUAGAAGAGGUUCGCAUAAUACCACAUGGAACUGUCCUGGUUAUUACAAGAAGAUUAGAAAAUUUUUAAAGAUCACAGCAAAACAUAGGCCCUCUGCUGAAGAUCUCCAUUGUGUCAUCAAAAUUGUUUGACAUAGAUUGUAUUAGUUCCUAAACAUGAUUAAAAACAAUGUUAUAGUUAAUACUGAAGAGUAGAUUAUUGAAAAAAUAGUAUCAAAUAAUAUUUUUAACUUUAAUUUUUACAUAAAUGCACAUAAAUUUUUAAAAACAUCUGUAAUUAUAUAUUAUUUUUAUAAAUGUCUGAAAUUUUUUAAAAACAUUUAUAAAUAUAUAAUAUAUUGGAGUUUCUCUAAUUAUUUGUCAUUCUUAAUAUAUUUUUAAAUUUAAUAUUUAUUUUUGUUAGCCUAAUAUUUUACAUCACACCCAAGAAAUAACUUAAAAUGCUUUUAAUAUUAUUAUGUAUUAUCAAUGCUGAAACUUUUAUUUAAUAAAAUUGAAUAAUUUUUUACUUUUGGUACAAUAUAGUAACAUACUUGAUUGUCUUAUGAGUUAUAAUACAUCAGCUGAACAAUAAUAAUAAUUAAGGUUAAGCCAUGUCUUGUUAUAACUUUUAAGGGCAGAGUUUUUUCAUAUAUUUUUAUAUUGGUUCUAAAUAAAAUUAAUUUAUGUAAUUUUACAGAUGAGUUAAUACAAUUUUUUAAAUUGUUUUUUUCAAUUUAAUCUAAACAGUUAAUACAUUACAAAACACAUUGCUCAUUUGCUCUCAAAAAGUUCUCAAUGGUUAAAUUACUAUUGCCUACUAGAGUAGUAUCUAGUUGAGGGGAGGUGAACUUAUGGUCUAUGUGUCAUUAGUAAUACAUUGGUCAUAUUUUCAUGGCACUCAAAAAUAUUUAUUUUUUUAUUAUUUUUACUUGUGUUUAAUGGAAAAAAAAUAUUGUGAACAAAAUUAUUUGUUAUUUCUAAAAAAAUAUAAUCAUUAAUUAUAAAAAUGUGUAACUUAUUGUUUUCAUACAUAAUAUUUUUUACUUUGACAAAAAUUGGUUUUUUUUUCAAAUAAACUCAAUUUUUACAUCUACUCA